AUGGAAUUGUAUAAUGAUGAGAGUCAUGGAACUCUAUUGGAAGUACUUAGGUGCAUUACCAACAGGAACAAGCUACUUGGGAAAUUAUCUCAUGUUGUUCUCUACGUUGGGUUUGCUCUCAAGUCACAUAUAUCAGUUGGGGGAAAGCUUUAUUCGACGAUGAGCAAGAGAGGGUCACGUAACGACCAUGAUUUCACUUGGUGUGGCCCAAAUACUAGCUCGAAGAAGUUUCGAGGGAGGAUGGAAGCUGAUAAUUUGAAGACACUUACGGUGUGUUUGAAAGGUGGAAUUUACGACCCAGGCAGCAACGUAAAGUUCAGUUUUCGUAGGGUGACAAGUUAUCAUGUGAAGCUUGGAAAAAUGACUGACAGGGUCGAUAAUGGCAUUAAUGGAGAUCUUGAUUACUCGUUGGAGGCCUUUGUGGAGCUUGACUCAAAGAUUGGAAAGGGGAGAGCAUUCAUAGUGGUGGUAGUUGAGGAUGAGCUACUCGGUUCGGCUGUUAUUCCGGAAGAGUGGAUUGACGAGCUACAGGAAGUCGAGGGAGGAAGCAACAUCGAUGGGCAGAAUAGAGGAACACCCUGUUGGUCGAGUCCAUAUUCCCGCACUUGCCGACGCUCAAGUUAA